AUGCAACAUCCGUCAAUAGCUUGUGCUCUGAGAGUGGACACUGCUCACCAAAGUUAUAUCUUUCGUUCUUGGAGUUUGCUUUUUUGUCAGGCCUGGCACCAAGCUUCCUCAAUUAUGUCGACCGUACGUCGCGAUGCCCUUCUGCAGAUUCAGAAGGAUGCUCAAGAGAAAUGGCAGUCGAUGAAGAUCUUUGAAGAAGACGCUCCCGAGGCUGGUGCAUCUAACGCGGAGCAGGAGAAGUAUCUUGCCACUUUUCCGUAUCCUUAUUGCAACGGGUUUCUUCACAUCGGGCAUGCCUUCUCCCUGUCCAAAGCUGAGUUUGUGGUGGGGUAUAAACGUAUGAAGGGUAUUAAGUGCCUAUAUCCCUUCGGGUUUCAUUGCACUGGAAUGCCAAUUCAAACGUGCGCGAACAAGCUUGCGAAAGAAAUUGACCAGUAUGGAGUACCUCCGCAAUUUCCUAUUGAGGAGUUGGAAAUGGCCCCAGUGCAAGAUCAGGCUGUGUCAUCCGGACCUGUGGAUAAAUCCAAAGGGAAGAAGGGAAAAGCAGCGAGCAAAGCUAGUAAGCAAAAAUACCAGUGGGACAUCCUCAAAGAAAGCGGAAUUUCUGAGGACAUCCUGCCGAGCUUCGCUGAUCCGCUAGCGUGGCUUGAUUAUUUCCCCCUUCAGAACGUUCAAGAUCUCACGAAGUUUGGUCUGAAAGUGGAUUGGCGGCGUUCGUUUAUCACGACCGAGGUCAACCCAUACUACGAUUCUUUCAUUCGAUGGCAGUUUAACAAAUUGCGUGCACAUAACAAAAUCAAGUUUGGGAAGCGAAAUGCUGUCUUUUCGCCCACUGAUGGACAACCGUGCGCGGAUCACGAUCGGGCAUCUGGCGAGGGUAUUCAACCACAGGAGUACACGCUUAUCAAAAUGAAGCUUCUAAGGAAUCCCGAUAUCCCGAAUGCGGAGGAACUAUUUGCCGGCAAGGACGUGUUUGUUCCUGCCGCAACGUUACGUGCUGAAACAAUGUAUGGCCAAACAAAUUGUUGGGUACUACCUACUGGUGACUACGUGGGAUAUGAGCUAGCGAAUGGUGAGGUUUUCAUCGCUUCUGCGCAUUCAGGAAGAAAUAUGGCUCACCAAGACUUUUUCGAGGAGUUCGGGAAAGCAAAGGAAAUCUGUACUCUGAAGGGUUCAGACCUCAUUGGGUUGCCCAUUAAGGCCCCGCUGGCCCAUUAUGAUGAAAUCUACAUUCUCCCACUGCUCACUGUUAGCAUGACGAAAGGAACUGGAAUCGUCACAUCCGUGCCAAGCGAUGCCCCAGACGAUUAUCGAGGACUGAUGGAUUUAAAGGAGAAAGAAGCCCUAAGAGCCAAGUUCGACGUUCAGGAGGAAUGGGUGUUGCCAUUUGAACCUAUUCCCAUCAUUGAUACCCCAGGCUUUGGGAAUCUGGCAGCUGUGGAAGCCUGCAAGCGCCACAAGAUCCGCAGUCAGAACGACAGGGAACCUCUGGCUCGGGCCAAAGAAGAAGUCUACAAGGCUGGCUUCUACAAUGGUGUGAUGAUCGUGGGUGAUAUGGCCGGCGAACCUGUGAUGCAGGCAAAGGCAAAAAUUCGCGAACAGCUUUUGUCCUCUAACCAGGCCAGGGUAUAUUCCGAGCCAGAAGGCAAAGUUAUGAGUAGAAGCGGAGAUGAAUGUGUUGUCGCUCUCUGUGAUCAGUGGUACUUAGAGUAUGGCGAACCCUCUUGGCGUGCACAGGUAGUCCAGUGCCUCAAGAAGAUGAACGUCUACGCCGACGAGACUGCCAACGCGUUCGAUGCUGUUCUUGGGUGGUUGAAAGAGUGGGCAUGCUCUCGCCAGUUUGGCUUGGGGACGAAGUUGCCUUGGGAUGAAAACUGGCUGAUUGAGUCUCUGUCAGAUUCUACGAUCUACAUGGCAUUCUACACAGUUGCGCAUAUUUUACAGGGCGGGCCGGACAACCUCGAUGGCCAUAAGACGGGGCCUGGAGGAAUACCUGCGUCAGCUGUGAACGAUGCUCUUUGGGACUACGUCAUGUUAGGACAAGGCAGUCCUGAAAAUCUCAAUGGUUUGGACUCGGAGACAGUGCGGAGAAUGAGAAGAGAGUUUUCGUAUUGGUAUCCUGUUGAUCUUCGUGUGUCCGGGAAGGAUCUGAUUGGCAACCACCUGACCUUCUUCAUCUACAAUCACGUCGCCAUUUUCCCGGAAGAGAAUUGGCCAAAAGGCAUUCGUGUAAAUGGACACGUUAUGUUGGAUGCAGAGAAGAUGUCGAAGAGCACUGGAAACUUCCUUACUCUCAGAGAUGCAAUGGGACAAUUCACUGCGGAUGGUGUUCGAUUUGCGUUAGCUGAUGCUGCGGACACGGUUGAAGAUGCAAAUUUUUCCAAGAAGCAAGCCGAUGACACUAUACUGAGGCUAUGGACACUUGUGGAUCUAAUUGAGGAAGGUGUCGAGAACGUUAAAAAAAUGCGGACUGGGCCCUUGACAAGAUUUGCAGACAGGGUAUUUGUUGCACAGCUGAACCGACAGCUGCAAGCUACUGAACGCGCGUAUGAGCAGUUAAUGUUUCGGGAAGCAGUCAAGUGCGGCUUUUUCGAAAUCAUUACUGACUGGGGGAGGUAUCGAGAAGCUGUCGGGGCUGAUAAGUCUUCUCGAAUGGCAUCAACGCUCCCCAGAAUGCACCGGGAUGUGUUCCUCCGUUUCGCAUUGUUUCAAACGGCAACUCUGGCUCCAAUCUGUCCUCACACGGCUGAGCAUAUGUGGGGACUCCUUCGCCCGAUUCUCAGUGAGCGCGAUGGCGUGUCUCAACCGGAGUCGGUCAUGCAUCUACAAUGGCCGGCUUCCGAGGUUGCGGAUGAAUCGCUCCUCGCUUCAGCUGGAUAUUUGAAUGAAACGAUAUCUCGAAUUCGAGUUGCCAUUCUGAAGCCUGCCAAGAAGAAGAAGGGGAAGGGCAACCUAACAACGACUAAACCCUCCAAAGUAACUAUUUUUGUUUGUAAGGAGGUCCCUGAGUGGCAAGAAAUCGUGCUCUCUUUUCUGCGAGAGAAUUUUGAUGAGGAGGCUUGGGAGAAUUCUCGAAAGGCCAGUCCUGGCGACGAGAAGACAUGGUGGAAAUACCCUUCGGACACACCAAAGAAGGUGGCGGCUGCUAUGCCCCCAGAGCUGAAGAAGAAUAAAAAGCUGAUGCCCUACCUGGCAAUGGUGAGGAAAGAAGUCGAGUUGGGAGGUCGUGGGGGCCUCGACCGUGCCCUAAAGUUUGAUGAGACGCGCGUACUCCGCGAAAACGCCCAAUUUGUGAAUUCUCAACUGGAGACGUUUGGCAUUCAAAAUGUGAUAGUGGACGAAGCUGCAAAUGCCCCAAACACGGCAUCGUCGGCUGAUGCAGUGCCUGGCACACCAGUAUUCCUUCUCUCAGAAUAACUAAUUCUUGAUGAUAACAUUGAAGCGUAACAGGGCACUCGGUCAGUAGACUGCGGAUUUAUAGUUGCAAAGAUAAGCUUGAGUUUAUAUUGAGUUUCAGCAAAAUCGUGGCCGAAAUAAGUCCGACUACAUGCGGGUUACGCUAAACGAUAAUCGCGAUUAUGACUUCGAACGGGUUCACUUCAAGGCCCGUUGAUAUAGAGAUAAAUAGAUUUCGACGAUAAGCAAAGGAAACUUGCGUUCCGUCAAUUGCGUA